CGGCCGCCGCCAGCCAGUCGUGAGCGCGCGCGGAGCUGGGAGACUGAGACCCCGGGGUGAGAGCCGCCUACCUGCCGUCGUCUCCCACGGCCGGGCCGCCACCAUGGCGCUUCUGCUGCGCUUCGCGCUCCUGUGCGGAGUGGCGGAUUUCGCCAGAGGUUUGAGUAUCACUACUCCUGAACAGAUGAUUGAAAAGGCCAAAGGGGAAACUGCUUAUUUGCCAUGCAAGUUUACCCUCAGUCCGGAAGACCAGGGGCCGCUGGACAUCGAGUGGCUGCUGUCACCAGCAGAUAACCAGAAGGUGGAUCAAGUGAUUAUUUUAUAUUCCGGAGACAAAAUUUAUGAUGACUACUAUCAAGAUCUGAAAGGACGAGUACAUUUUACAAGCAACGAUCUCAAAUCUGGUGAUGCUUCAAUAAAUGUGACAAAUUUACAGUUGUCAGAUAUUGGCACAUACCAGUGCAAAGUGAAAAAAGCUCCUGGUGUUGGAAAUAAGAAGAUUCAGCUGACAGUUCUUGUUAAGCCUUCAGGUACAAGAUGUUACGUUGAUGGAUCAGAAGAAAUUGGAAAUGACUUUAAACUCAAAUGUGAGCCCAAAGAAGGUUCUCUCCCACUACGAUAUGAAUGGCAGAAGUUAUCCGACUCACAGAAACUGCCCACCUCGUGGUUACCAGAAAUGACGUCACCUGUUAUAUCUGUGAAAAACGCCAGCGCCGAAUACUCCGGGACAUACAGCUGUACAGUCAGAAACAGAGUGGGCUCUGAUCAGUGCCUGCUGCGCCUGGAUGUCGUUCCUCCUUCAAAUAGAGCCGGGACGAUUGCAGGAGCUGUUAUAGGAACUUUGCUUGCGCUCGUGCUCAUCGCUCUUAUUGUCUUUUGCUGUCAUAAAAAGCGCAGAGAAGAAAAAUACGAAAAGGAGGUUCACCAUGAUAUCAGAGAAGACGUGCCUCCUCCCAAGAGCCGUACGUCCACUGCCAGAAGCUACAUCGGCAGCAAUCACUCAUCCCUGGGAUCCAUGUCCCCGUCCAACAUGGAAGGAUAUUCCAAGACUCAGUACAACCAAGUGCCAAGCGAAGACUUGGAACGCGCUCCUCAGAGUCCAACGCUCCCGCCCGCUAAGGUAGCUGCCCCUAACCUGAGUAGGAUGGGGGCGGUGCCUGUGAUGAUUCCAGCGCAGAGCAAGGACGGGUCCAUAGUGUAGGGCCUCUGUGCUCCUCACCCGUGCUCUCCUCUGGAAAUAGGAACACCCGUACGUACGUUUUGCUACCAGCCUCAAAAUACAUGAGAAAAAAAAACAGCUAACCAAAAACUGUAAGAAUAAUACAUCAAAAGUUUUGUUUGGUUAUACUGAAAUAGUAAAGGCAUUGACGUUCUGAGGACAGAUUCACUAUCUAAAUAAUAUUUCCUUUAAGAGCUUGACUUUAUAGGUUUCUGAAUAUCAAUACUUAAGUAAGAUGUGGCACUUUGAAUAUGAAAUCAGAGGUGAGGAAGGAAAUUGGUGAACUUUCAUGCACACCAAGUUGAUACUUGAAUCAUCUGAAAUUUCUGCCAUUGUUUUUAGAUUGUUUUUUUUCUACUUAAUUUAUGUGACCCAGUAGUGUUCCCCUAACCCCCUCAAGAUCGGUAAAGAAAGAUUCAUGGCAAAAAUACUUACAUGCAUUUAUGUUUGUUCUUGUUUUCACUUCUUUGAAAGCUUUGUGUUUGAAAUGUCUCUAAUAACUAGAAAACACUACAGUGUUCUAGAAAUCACCUGGUUCCGUUUAAUUCAUAAGCCUUGGAUAUGAAAUGACUUCUUAAGUAUUUAACGGAUAGAUUGCUGUGAGUGGCAGGGACAUAGAUAGAUUGCUGGCAGGGACAUAGUAGGCUCUUUGGUAUGCUAAAUUAAAGGAGCAUUUAUCUGAUUCAUUUGGAAAAUUUGCUGUUACCUGUAUACAGUGAUGACACUAGUGGUGCAAUAGUGAGGAUGGAUUUUGUUGAUUAAUGUUCCAGUGGCCCGAGGCCUGUGGUGGUCUGCAGAACAGUGACCUGCUAUCGAAGAUGUAUAGUAUUUUGCAGUUCCCAAGUAAAUGCUGGCCCUGCGCUUUAGGUGAUAUUUUCCUAAUAAGAAAAAAAAUUAUAACUCAUUUAUUGUUUGGCAAUUACAGAUUGUCAUUCUCUAAAUUAUUGGUUCUAAAUUGAAGAAUUUUUUGUUUUCCUGGUUUGGUUUUUUGUGUUUGUGAUGGUGUUGCAUAUUAUAAAGGUAAUCUGAAAUUUACCCUCUUAAAUGCAGUUCCUGGAGGAUAUUUUCUUCAUAGACUUAGAAUGAUGAACUACAUUUUAAAUUAGUAAGUGUCCUCUGUCAAUUCUGUAUUUCAGACUUGGGAGGAUGUACAGUUGCUAUUGUAUGGCCAACAUGUCUUGUGUAGUUUCAGAAAAUCAAGUUGAGCUUGGAAAAGUUUUGUCUUAGUUUUGUGGAAGUGACUUAAUCUUUAAAAAAAAAGAGAGAAAUAAAAGGAAAAGGAAUUAGAAAAAUACUCCUACUGCCAAAUGUGUUAAAUACUGUUUUAGUAGAUGAAAGUGAAUUUAUUGUAUUUCCCUUAAGACUGUGAGGGAGUGUGGAUUUAGUAGAAUGAGCCAACAGUUUCUUUAAAGUAAUAAGGUCUGCAAUAAAUUAUUUCACUAGCUCUAAAACCUUUUCCCUAGAUUUUAGUAGGGAGUUGGUUUCUGUUCAUCUCUUUGGGUGCUGUGGUAGUAAAUGCUACAUUACACAUUAAUGUCGGCGUGUAUUUAUGAUUAGGCAGAGUAUUGUAUACAUUUUUUAAUGGCAAAUUAAAGCUGAAUGUGUAAUGGAUUCAUGUAUAGUUUUACAUAUUUGGAAGCAUUUUUAACAUAGGUUUUUAACAUUACAUAAUGUUGCUUUUAUACUUACGUUAACAUUUUCAUCUGUGCCUUUUGGGUAAUUUAGUUUUAUUAUGAAUUUCUGGUGCCUAUGAGCUAGCUAUCACCUGAAAGGUGCUUAGAGGUGAAGGUACUGUCCCUAAAAGUGCAUCACUGUGAUACCUAUCUAUCCUCAUACCUUCAGUCUUGCCUCUUCCUGUUCUUUUUGGAUACAAGGUAACUGAUUGCAUUGCUCAUGUAUAGUUUUUAAAAUGUCAACAUCCCCUACACUCUUUGACUGUGUUUCUGAUUUUAUAAUAAUAACUAUUUUUGAAUAUCAGAGCUCUGAUCUGUUUUAUAUGAAUAAAAUGUAUAAGGUAUUAUAGAAGUAAAUAACCGAGCACAGACAUUACUAAUAAGAAUUUUGGUCCUUCCUCAUCCCAGUUUUGUAAUGAAAAGUAUGCUAUCAGUAUACGUAGAAAUCCCUACAAAAAGUGGACAUAUGUAAGGCUUUCCUUACCUUAGACUUCAUAGUUAAUCUAGGAUUUGGCUGUAGAAUCUCUUCUGAAAGUGCUUUUCAGGCAAGAGUACCGAAGUGGCUGCCAUUUCCUACUCCAGGGGAUCUUCCAUACCCAGGGAUCGAAUCCACAUCUCUUGCGUCUCUCCUGCGUUGGCAGGCGGUUUCUUAAGCCCAAGCGCCAUCUGGGAAGCUCCCCAUUGUUUCUCUUCCCCUAGACUUCGAAGUUAAUCUAGGAUUUGGCUGUAGAGUCUCUUCCAGAAUGCUUCCUUCCAAUUCAGGUCCAUUACCACCUACAGCCUGAGAAACAAGCUCGGAGAAAAAAGGCCACUGUCAUGACCUCAA